GCGCGCCCGCGCCCGCGACUCCGCCGUCCAGGGGCCGCGCCCACGGACCCCUCGCCGGGCGCGUCGUCCUUUGCGAGGCCCGGGGCACGGCGGGGCCGCAGCAGCGGGAUGGGCCUGAGCCCCGCCGCCAGGGCCGAGUACGGGCUCCCCUUCCACAGGGUCCCAGCUUCCCGCCCCAAGCCCGUCUCGAGAACCUCCAGCUCGGAGCCCGAUGACCACCAGCCUGCUCCUGGACGUUCAGCCGAGCCCCAGUCAGAAGAAUCCGUGGGAUGCGAGGCGUUGGUCCAGCUCCUGCCCAGGCAGCCCCAGCAGGACACCUUGGAAGAGACGACAGUCCAGCAGGGGGAGAAGCCUGCAGUCAGCGUGGAGACCACAUCGAGCCAGAAGAGAGCAGAGCUGAAUCCAACACCCAAAGCUGAGAGUGAGGGCAGGUUAACCAAGCAAGCAGCCGAGGGCAAAGCAAGACCCAGACCUGGAGACCUGAUUGAGAUUUUCCGAAUUGGCUACGAGCACUGGGCCAUCUACGUGGAGAAUGACUGUGUGGUCCAUCUGGCCCCACCGAGUAAGGGUGAGGAGUUUGAGGCUGGCAGCAUCACUUCUGUGUUCAGCAACCGGGCCGUGGUGAAAUACAGUCGUCUGGAGGACGUGCUGCACGGCUGCUCCUGGAAGGUCAACAACAAGCUGGACAGGACGUACCUGCCCCUGCCCGUGGACAAGAUCAUCCAGCGCACGAAGCAGAUGGUCAACAAGACAGUGCAGUACAGCCUGAUCGAGGGCAACUGCGAGCACUUCGUCAACGACCUCCGCUACGGCGUGGCCAGGAGCCAGCAGGUUGAACACGCACUGAUGGAAGGAGCGAAGGCUGCAGGCGCGGUGAUCUCAGCUGUGGUGGAUAGCAUGAGGCCCAAAGCAGUGAUCGCUUGAGCAUGCCGGGAACUCGGAGCAGAGGAAGGGCUCCUGACCCUCGCAGAGAGAACAUGCCUCUUUCCCUCCCCUUGCCUUCCUCUCUCCAUGACCUUGUUUAAGAGAAUUGUGAGCUUCCGGAAGAAUCUAGAAUGUAUCCGAUUACCCCUCCAGAAAUACAUCCAAUAUAUGUGACCAGAGACCGGUGGACUCUCAGGAGGGCAAGGACAGCUAUCUACUGUGUACGUAUUACGUGCCAGGCACGGUGCUCUGCCACCCAUCAAUAAGGCCUUGUACGCGCUUGUUUGAUUUUACGUUCUUUGUAGGAAGGGGCCUUGCAUGUUUCUUAGGUUGACGGUGGUCUGCGAUGCUUCAACACCCCCUGAAAUAUCCCGGAGCCUCCACCCGAGCCUUUCCCAUAAUGAAGACCCCUUUCCAGAAUUCUUUGUCUUGCAUGAAAACGUCUCCCGCUUCCUUCCACUCCCCUUAGUCCUGCCCCUUCCAACCCACGGUGUAGUCCAGGGGAGGAGGACUUCCAGGAAUGCUGUGACUCGCCGCCCAGGGCCACCUGUACCUUAAUCUAGGUACACAUUUUCCAAGAAAUAUUUUUUUUAAAACUAUA